AUGUCAAAGGCUUACAUUAUGUUUACUGUUGGAUUCAUAAUUCUCAUUGUAUCAGGCCUUUCUAGCUGUGAGUCUGUAUCUACAAUACAGGGACAAAACGUAACCUUACACUUCCCAUACCCAUGUAACACCACAAAAGUCACAUUACAGAAAUCAAAUAGACAUCCAUUUUACAUAUCUCUAUCUGGACCAGACCUGUUUCUAUCGCAAUCUAAGGCGAAUAGAUUCAAGGUUUAUGAUAAAAAUGACUAUGAUAAUUGCUCUGUGGAUCUGAUGAUCAGUAAUCUAAUGAAAGAUGAUCAAGGCACAUACAUUUUGUUUGUAUACAAGGAUGGCGACAUACAAGGGGAUGACACACAUAGGAUUUAUUUGAAGGUAGAUCACCCUCCUGGUAAGGCCUCAUGUGUCGUGGGUGUUGAAAUGGGUGGUGACUGGGUCUCACUAGACUGCCAAGCCAAUGCAGGGAGUCUACCAGGGAAAAUUGAAUGUUACCAAACUGGUGUUCGGAUGCCUUCAUUGGCUGGCCCUACAGAAACGGGAUCUUUAUUGGAACAGUCCAUCCUCAUCAGACAAUCGGGUCCAGUAUUUUGCUGCUCAUCCCUGAUUGAUGAAGUCAGAGAGAGGUGCGACUGCAAAGACACUAGCCACUAUCUGUCCGAUGGCGACUACAUUGACCCCUGUCCUACUCCAAGUCCUACCUUUCCAGGAAGUACUACAAUGCUGAUUCCCUCCACUUUCAUCGAAAACAACCAAAGUGACUAUUCCCUGGUGACACCAUCUACUCUUAUUAAGAUGGAAGAGGACUACGACAACGUACGUUUGAUUUUUCUUUCUUCCUUAGGUCUAGCUUCAAUGCUCCUUUAUAUUUUCCUCGUAUGCGUAUACAAAUGUAACCCAGCGAGGAAAAGUAACAGUAACAGCAGUAACGAUCCACCACGAGCUCAUAAUACUGUGCCACUUCUUACAGAGAAUGAAAGGGAUAGUGUACCAAGCAAGGGGAACACACGUACUGCACAAGCUUCUUUCUAA